AUGACUGAGGUGUCGUCCACUCGCCUCUACCUGGGGAACCUUCCUCGCAACGCCACCAAGGCCGAUGUUGAAGCCCACUUUGCGACCCAUGGCACUGGCGAGAUCACCGAGAUCAAGCUCAUGAAUGGCUUCGGCUUCAUCGAGUACAAGGAUGCCAUGGACGCCCGAGAUGUCGUUCCUGCCUUCCAUGGCUCCGACUUCAUGGGCGAGCGCCUCGUAGUCCAGUUCGCCCGCGGCUCGCGCCGCCAGAACGAUGGCUACUCCCACCAGGAGCGCGCCGUCCCGCGCCCCAGGCGCACCCCGUUCCGCAUGUCCAUCACUGGUCUUCCCGUCGAGACGAGCUGGCAGGAUUUGAAGGACUUCGCCCGCCAGUCUGGAUUGGACGUCGUCUACUCCGAGGUUGGCCGCGAGCGCGACGGCCGAGGAUUCGUUGAGUACGAGACUGCCAACGACCUCCGCAACGCCGUCGAAAAGCUCGACAACCGCGAAUUCAAGGGACAGGCUGUCCGAUGCGUUCAAGAUGUCAGGCCAUCCAAGCCAUCCUACUACGACGACCGUCUUGAUUCUGACUGCUACCAGAUCCAGGAGGAGCGCCCGCGUGAGCGCUACAGGUCGCGUUCGCCCGUCCGUGGCCGCGGCUACGGGCCUCCCGAUGACGACUACUACCGUCGCGGUCCUCCUCGUGGCUACAGCCCUCGCCGCGACGACUACCGCCGUCGUUCGCCUGCUCGCGACUACUACGACCCGCGCGAUCGCUACGCCCGCUCUCCUCCUCGCGUUCGCGGGCCCCCGAUCGAUGAUGCCUACCCGCCGCCGCGCGCCCGCUACCCUGAUGACCCUUACGAUGCCCGUGGCCCCCCGCCUCCUCGCCGUGGCUACGAGCCCGACCCUUAUAUGAACGGCCAUGACAGGCCUUACGGCCGCCCUCCGUCACCCCGUGGCAGGCCGAGGAGCCCUGGUGCACGCAGUGGUUAUGACGAUGGCUACAACCGUCGCCCCUACUGGUGA